AUGUAUAUUUCUUCCAUAGGAGACGUAUCCAUAAGGGAUAUCAUUAAUGCUACUUUCAGAGCAUCCUGGUUAGCUCAACAAAUUAAGCUGGCCAAAACACAAUAUAUGGAUGGAAUUAAUCUAGAAGAAGUUGCUCGUUCAUCACCUGAAUAUUAUGCGUUAACUGCUUUAGUCAAAGAAACUGCAGACUCUUUCCAUUGUGAAAUUGAGGGAUCACAGGUAACCUUUGAUGUAUCUUGGUCUCCAAACUGCUUAGGUAGGAGGUGCUAUAAUUAUACUGGAAUUGCAGAUGCUUGUGACUUUCUCUUCGUGAUGUCUUAUGGUGAACGAAGUCUGGUCUGGUCACAAUGUAUUGCAGGAGCCAAUUCUCCCUAUACUAAGAUAUUAACUGGAUAUGAUGACUACAUCAAGAUAGGCAUUAACCCUAAGAAACUUGUAAUGGGUAUUCCCUGGUAUGGUUAUGAUUAUACCUGCCAAACUCUAUCAGCGAAUCAUGUUUGUACCGCUGCAAAAUACCCUUGUAAAGAUGCUGUAUACCGUCAGGUGGCCUAUCAAAUGAUCAUGAAGCAAGUAAAUAGCUCUACUUCUGGAAGACUGCGGGAUAAAAUUCAGCAGUCUCCUUAUUAUCACUAUCAAGAUCAGGCUGGCCAUUUUCAUCAAGUGUGGUAUGAUGACCCUCAGAGCAUUUCUCUAAAGGCAGCAUAUGUACAAAACCGUGGCUUACUCAGCAUUGGCAUGUGGCAUGCAAACUGUCUUGACUACUCUGGAGAUGCUAUGGACAAACAGCAAACUGAAGAAAUGUGGAAAGCUUUAAAACCAAAGCUGUGACAGAGAUAA